AAAAAUAAUAAAAACGUCUCCGACAGGGAACAGAUGAUCACUGCAUUGCCAGAUGUGAAGACAUUAGAUCUCGAACAAAGUGAUGAUUUUAUGGUCAUUGCCUGCGAUGGCAUUUGGAAUUCAAUGACUUCCCAACAAGUGGUCGACUUUGUCGGUCAUCGUAUUAACAAAACGGACAAAUUGUCUUCGGUUUGCGAUGAAAACAUGUCUGGCGCCCAACACUCACGGCGAUGGCACCGGAUGUGA